AUGCCGUGGCCGGCGCCGCAGUUCUCCCGCGCCGCUGGUCUGCGCGGCCUGCUAUUCUCCGCAGCGCUCGCGCUUGCGCUCGUGGCAGCGUGCCGCGUCGAAUUAGCGGAAGCAACCGCCUUUAGAGCGACGGACGAGUUCAAGCCGCCAUGCGGACUGAUGACAGCACCCGGCGCCAACGGAUGGAAGCGGUGGAGCGAUUGGCGCACGUGGGGCGGUCCGAUGCGCUUCCUGGGCGUGCCGGGGCGCGGGUUGCGGAAGUGGCAGGACGUCACGAUCCCGUGCGGCGUCUCGAUUCUGCUCGACGUACCCGAUAUAAGCGUUAAGACGCUCACCGUUAAGGGCUGGCUCAAGGUUCUCGAUUCCCCGUCGCUUCCUAAAAUCGACGUCAACGCGCAUUUCAUCGUCGUGAUGGGGCGGCUCACGGCGGGCGAGCCGAACCGCCAUUUCUCAAGCCGCCUCACCUUCACCCUGUUCCCCGGGAGCCGCAAGCCGUACAUGCUGUCGAAACUCGCGCCGGCAGAUGCGGCGAACCCUCGCGACCUGGGCCACAAGGCGUUCAUCGUGGUGGGCGGUCAGGUGCAAUUCCACGGCAUGCCGGGCGGCGGCGACACGCCCUCGUGGGUGCGGCUGAGUGAGACGGCCAACGCCGGCCAGCGCUACGUCCUCGUGGACGCUGACGUCAGCAAAUGGGCGGCAGGGAUGACGGUGGCUCUGGCCUCCACCAGUAACGACCUGAACGAGGCAGAGCACCAUCAGAUCACCUCAGUUGCCGCUGACAUCAGCAAUCCUGGCGUUUUCCGCAUCAACCUCCAGACCCCCCUGAGGCACACCCACCAGGGGGAGGUGUUACCAGACGGGGGCACGGGCACCGUAGGAAUCUUCGGGGAAGUUGCGCUGCUGGACCGCCACGUCAGCAUCCAAGGGACGAAUGAGGCGGCGCCACAUCAGCUCGACGGGGGCCAUUUUAUCAUCUACAUGACACCUACCAAGCAGACUCUGGAGGGUGUGCAGUUUAAAGGCCUCGGAAAUCAGGGGACACUGGGGAAAUACCCCGUGCAUUUCCAUAUCUGCGGGCAGGAUGGGCAGGGUCACGUGGUUCGGAAAAACGCGAUCGUGUUUACCAGACAGAGGUGCAUGGUGAUCCAUGCCACGGGCAGCAUGACGAUCGAAGAUAACAUAGCGUACGAAACGAAGGGCCACUGCUACCUGCUGGAGGAGGGGAGUGAGCUCAACAAUAACUUCAGGCGCAACCUCGGGAUCAACGCGCGGAAAGUGGAGAAGGUGAUCCCCCCCGCCAGCAGCAGCAAGCUGGACAAGCAGACAGACAAACAGCCCACCACGUUUUGGCUCGGCACUCCCCACAGCAACUUCAUUGACAAUGUUGCCGCUGGCUCGGAGGAUUCUGGAUUCUGGCUGGAAGCAACGCCAUACAUGAGAGGGGUAUCCCGCCUGCUGCCUGCGAUCGGAGCCAUCAACCCCCUCACCUACAACUGGGGCGAAUACACCGGCAAUGUCGCUCACAGCAACGUGUUUGGGUUUCGCACGUACCCGCACGGCUCGUAUGCGCGCUACCCGGUGUACAAUACAGACCCGGCUCCCUUGGAAGACUUUUUGAUCUAUCGCAACACCGUGGGAAUGUUCUUCUUCAACAGCGAGCGCAUCGUGGUGAAGAGCGGAAUCGGGUGGACUUCACUCGCCCAGAGGAGCAACUGUUUCAAGAGCUCAAGAGCAAGCCGGGGGCGCUGGCCCGAGAGAAGCAGCAGCAACGGGCGGAUGAUUGGUGGCUGUAACUGCAUUUGCCCCUGUCUCCCUGCCCGCACCACUGCAGGAGUGGACUUCACUCGGCCAGAGGAGCAACUGUUUCAAGAGCUCAAGAGCAAGCCGGGUGCGCUGGCACGAGUGAAGCAGCAGCAGAGGGUGGGGCCGAUGCAGCGGGUUAUCGGGGACGGCAAGACAGGAACGGAUUUCACUCGCCCAGAGGAGGAGUUAUUCAAAGAGCUCAAGAGCAAGCCGGGGGCGCUGGCUCGAGUGAAGCAGCAGCAGAUGGCAGGGCCGAUGCAGCGGGUGAUAGGGGACGGCAAGACAAGAGGGGGGGAGCAGGACUGGAACGGAUUUCACUCGCCCAGAAGAGUAGUUAUUCAAAGAGCUCAAGAGCAAGCCGGGUGCACUGGCCAGAGUGAAGCAGCAGCAGAUGGCAGGGCCGAUGCAGCGGGUGAUAGGUCGUGUGGACUUCACUCGGCCAGAGGAGCAACUGUUUCAAGAGCUCAAGAGCAAGCCGGGCGCGCUGGCCAGAGUGAAGCAGCAGCAGAGGGCGGGGCCGAUGCAGCGGGUUAUCGGGGACGGCAAGACAGGCAGCUUAAAACCCCCCUUUUCUUUCAACCGUGCCUUGCCUCGCUGUUGCUUGCAGGAGUGGAUUUCACUCGGCCAGAGGAGCAGCUGUUUCAGGAGCUCAAGAGCAAGCCGGGAGUGGACUUCACUCGACCAGAGGAGCAGCUGUUUCAGGAGCUCAAGAGCAAGCCGGGAGUGGACUUCACUCGACCAGAGGAGCAGCUGUUUCAAGAGCUCAAGAGCAAGCCGGGUGCGCUGGCCAGAGUGAAGCAGCAGCAGAUGGCAGGGGCGAUGCAGCGAGUGAUAGGGGAUGGCAAAACGGGCAGCUUUGAGUCGCCGGUGGGGAUCGUGGUCAGCCAGUGCAACCCUGCGGACCCCCCUGGACCCAACUCCAUCCAGAAUUCCUUCUUCUCAGGCUAUGGUGCCACGGACGAUGCCAGCUAUGCUGUGCUCCUCACAGCCAAUCACGCAGGGGGGUACUGGAACAGUGCUUUCUUUGUCAAGGGCCUAACCUUUGGUUCUGGAACCAACAAGUUCUGGGCUACUCCUAACCCUACUGCAGGCACGCCGCCCCGGGGGGGUCUGGUGGCGCGCUUCUACGCCAUCCGGGAUCUCGACGGAUCCCUCCUCGGCCAAUCAGGCUUCGCCGUUGCCAACUACGAUCCGAUCUUGCCGCCCCCCGCCGUCCGGGCGGCUAAGUGCAGCUUCAAGAGCACGCAGAAUGCAUAUGCAUGCACGGGAGUGUGCUAUCGAUCGGUGGGGAUCGGGUACCACGAGUGGGGAGUGCGACCCAACGGCAUGGCUGGGCUUCCGGCUUACGUGCUGAGGCCUUAUAGUUAUGUCGUCGUGACACGGCUAGAAGAUGGAGCACAGUUCACAGACUAUGGCACGGACAACGACAAUCCCAACAGCGGCCCCGCUGUACCAAACAAGAAAGUCCGCCGCUACCUCACAGCCUCGCUGCUCGCCGGAUACACCUACAGCCUGCGCAUCGUGCCGGCGCCCACCAACCCGCUGUUCUAUCCCCAGGGGAUCUUUGUGCGGUCGUACGAUCAGGAGGGGUGCGCGGGGGCAGUCACGGUGAUUCUCGAGCCCAAGGACGCGAACAGCCAAUGGGUCACCAGCAUUCCCACCAUUCCCUGCACGGGUCAGAACAGCAGCCUGGCCUACCAGCAGUACCAGUGCAUCGACGGACAAGCGAAGCUGGCAAUCCGCAUAGGGGAGAACAGCUACGGCAAUCACGCCAUCGUCAACUCUACUGCUGCUGCCAGCCAAGCAUGCACCGAGGACACGCCUUGUUCCACGACCGCCGCAACACCUUCCUCCACUCCCCAGGCCUCCCCGUACUCCUCCGAUCCCCUCACUCCCAUGUCCACCUCCGCUCAGCCUCUCUCCCCCACUCGCACAACGGCCGGCAACAUCGACCCUUUCUAUGACCCCGCCUUUUAUGCUCCCUCGUGA